AAUUUGGGCCAAGAUUUGAUUUGGAUUGAGUUACCAUUUGCAUAUUUAAUUUCAGAUCUUGUUGUAUAAAUAUUACUCAUUAAUGAAAAUCGUUUUCCCUUUUUUCCUCCGUUGUAAGGUGAAUCUGCCAAGGCUCUUUACUUCUAUGGACCAAUAAGAGUUACGGUGCUGUGCAACACCUGUUUAUUCAUAUCGACGACGAUGAAGAUCAUUCAACCUAAGAAGCUCAUCAUUUAAAAGAUAUGGACAGUCAACGUCAUGAUGAUAACAAACAAUGGUUCAAUUUGUAUCUGAAGCUCUUCAUCGUAAUGGGAAUCAACUGGUCAAUGGAAAUAAUAAGCUGGCUUUUCAAGGACUCGCCCCAAUAUGUUUGGUACAUGACAGAUUUCGCAAAUACGCUGCAGGGUGUUAUCAUAUUCAUAAUAUUCGUAUGGAAAGAUAAAACCGAAGGAUUACUGUUGGACCGUCCCGGAUGCCAAAAUAAUAGCUUUCAAUCGAGAAAUUCAACGAGAAGCGGUUAUCGCAGCUCGGUUUCCAGAACUUGCACCACAACCGCUGUGAUGGCACCACUUCAAUAAAAAAAUAAUGUUACUAACGAGCACACCAAAACCACCACCGAUGAGAGCGUUUGUCUUUAUGGGAUCCCCAAGUCAAUUUUGUUCUCUUUCAAUUCUUCAACAAUAUGAAUCUAGAAAAUAAGUAUUGAUUUUUUGACAGAGUUUUUGGCUCUCUUAAACAGGUGCAAUUACCGCGCGAAAAUAUGUUAAAUAAUGAGAAAAUAAUGAAUGGAAUGAAAAAAUCAUUAUUCUUAAAUAUCACAAUUUUUGAACGUUUUUAUUUUGCAUUUGGAACGUACACGUACCCGUUGCAUUUUUUCAAGCAUCUAAUGCGCGUUUCAGAAUCCAAUUGUUCCUUCUCAGCGAGCAUCAAAUUUGUUAACUUUGAGAACACAUCGCCUGAAAAUGUGUUUUCUAGUCAAUAUCAGUCUCCUUUUUUUUAUCGACAAAGUAUGUCAUAAACUCAACAAAACAAUUUUGACUAGUUCAAACAUUCAGUCUCAGCUUAUACCAGUUGAAUAAAUGCUGUUAUUUGCGGUGCACAAGUUUUACUCUGGGAUUGGUCACAUAGCUAUGUUUAUUUUUUUUUCUUUAUGUUUUCGUAAUAAUUUAUGCAUUACUGUGACUCGUCUGUAAUGGCUUUUAUAUUGUGAUAAAUAUAACUGUUUCUGAAAUUUC